ACAAGAAGAUGUUUAACGGAUGGAUGUGUACAGACUGUUCUGUCCCAUCCCAAUCAAGAAAUCUGCCAAGACAGUGCAGAAAUGGAGACUCAGGAGGAUGACAACAAUCAGAUCAUUUCAAAUUGCCACCCAAUACCAGUCAUACAACCAGCUUUUGUAUGCAGGACAAGAGACAGUGGGAUGCAUCAGUCUACACCAGUGAGAAGAUGAGCAGCAUCCACACAGAAGAGGUGCAGAGACAGCUGCGGGAGGUGCUGAACAGGGAUAAAGUCAAACUAUGGGAGUCUCCCUACAGCAGAGAGGAUGGGACAGCUGACCAGAUACCUGAGAAUCUGAUACUGAAGUAUUCAGAUGAGUUGAGGCUGUCCAAAGAUGUGGUUGCAUCCAACAUGGAGGAGCUACGACUUCACGCCGUGCGGAAGCUGGCUUCCCGGCGCAAAUUCCAGACCUCGGGCGUCGCAACCCUUAAGGUCAAACUGGCUGGAAAGGGGAACCUCAAAUCCAGCAGUUUUGAGGUGGAGACUACUUUGCAGAUGUUGGGGAAAGACUUCAAGAAAUUACUGUCAGAGAAGUGCGGCCUCGCAGCUGACCAUCUGAAACCCAUUGCAGUAGGCAGAGUUAUUAAGGAUGAUGUGCCACUGUCAUCUCAGCACAUCGGUAACAAUGCUCAGGUCCUGGUCAUCUGUCUGUCUGAAAGUGAGGCCGAGGCCCAACGAAAGGAGGAGCAGAUGUCAAAGGUCAGGCGAGCGCGGGAAGGUGCGGAGCUGUUGGCCAACACGUUCUCUGCAGACGAUGACAUGGAGCAUGACGGUAACCAGUAUGGUCUACAGAUAGCGGACCAGACCGGGCGUGCCCUGCAGAUCCCGCGGGAGGAGAAGCGGGCACUGACCGUUGCCAUGGCGCUGAACGAGAGAGGCAAGGCAGCGCUGAAGAGGAAACAACAUGGCGAGGCCUUGCUGCUCCUACUAGAGGCUGAUCGAGAAUUCCAGCAGUGUAGAUCAGAGAUCCUGCAGGCAGUAGAUAACUAUGCCAUCCUUUGUCUGGACAUCGUGUGGUGCUACCUGUGCCUGAAGAAUGUGACGGCCCUCCCCGACGCUGAGACCAGGCUGCAGAAAUGUGAAGAGCUGUUCCACAAGAGUUACGGCAGCAAUCUGGAAAGACUGACAACUGUGAAGGGAAGCAGCGGCCAGGAGAAGGCUCUGUUUGUCCGCUUGCACCUUCUGCAAGGUGUGGUGUUCUUUCACCAGGGCCGGAGAAAUCAAGCUGUGGCAGAGCUGGCCAAGGCAGAUGCGUUUUUACGACAGCUGCAAGUUGACGAGUCCAAGCUAACGGAGCUAAUGACCAUGGGGUUCAGCGGUGCAGAGGCCAGGCUGGGACUGCGGGCCUGCAGCAACAAUGUUCAGGCUGCAGUCACUCACAUCAUGCAGAAACAGGAGGAAAGAAGAGAAAUCAAGAAAAAAGAGCAGGAGGAGAGAAGACAAAAGAAAUUAGCGAAGAAGCUCGGGAAGACGGCCAAUGGGGACGUUCUACAGGAUCGCCCCGAGCUCCUGACCUUGCCUGACCCUGACCCCGGCCCUGUGUCUAUCACUGAUGAAAUGUUGGCUCAGUUGGUGUCGCUUGGGUUUGACCCUGAGAUGUCCAGACGGGCGCUGCAGUCUUGCCAGGGGAUGGCACAGAGGGCCAUCGACAUGCUGCUGCAGAGCGGAGGCAUUCUGCCAGAGGGCUCUCCUGCAAAUGGCAGUGCCUCAACAUCAUCCAGCUCUUCCACAUCCUCCUCUUCUGCCACUCCAUCUUCAUCAUCAUCAUCAUCAGAUGCCUCCCCAGCUAAAUCUCCGGAGGAGCUCCGAAGGGAGAGGGAAGCGUACGAGGAACUUGCCUCAGAUCUGGCAGACCACGAGGAAGACUACUUGGACUUGACCUUGGAAGAGGAGUCGACCUUCCUUCAAGAGUAUAGGGCGCUCCUUGAGUCAACACUGUCGUUCUGAAUACUACCAAAAAUCUUAGCAUGAAAGUUCAUCUGUGUUGGUAAAUGACAUGAUGACAUGACUUACAAUACUUCCAGAGUAGCCAAGACAACUUAAGUCAGCAACAGAGGUGGUAACCUUGUAAGCAAAAGCAUACAUAAAACAACUGCCUCAAAAAAUCCAGAAUAGAAUUAUUAAAACAGGGAGGCUGUUGUUAUGUCCUUCAAUGCUUGGUAUAGUCAACACUGUUCACUAUGCAAAGAUUGUAGACUAGAUACAUUACGGUGUCUUUGGUUUUAAGAGCUUAAGUCUUGAAAUGAUAAUAAAUAUGAAUUUUAUCUCAUAA